UCAUGCAAUUCUCGCUCACUUUCCAUCCUCACCUUCACGUUCUCUCUCCACAUAACCAAACCCUAGCUCUCUCUUUCUCUUCUCUUCUCCCUCCCCCCUUUUAGGUUUCCGUCCCUUGUCUCUUUCUUUUAAAUCUGCAUGGUGGGAUUCUUUUUCGGGUUUUCGAGUUGUUUCUGAUUCGGUUUCUGGGCACCCGUUUUCCAUUUGAUUUGAAUAUCCGCUUCUUCUGAGGGGUAGGCGUGGGGAUUUCCGGGUCUUGUAGGCGUGCGAGUGGCUACCGUUUUGUUGUGACCCAGAUCUCUUUUUGCUUCUUUUGAGGGGGUAGCCGGGGCUCCGGCCUCGGCGGGUUCUAAAGCCCCCACCUGAUACAACAUCGUUCUAUUUCGAUUUUUAUAACUAAUCCUCUUUUUAGUUUUUCAAUUCUUUGAUUCUUUUUUCCCAACCCAUUAAAACAACAGAGAGAUCGUAGAUCGGGGAAGAGAUGCCUGCCCUCGCUUGCUGCGUAGACGCUGCCGUUUCUCCUCCUCCUCCUCCCUACGCUUUCGCCGGCUGGGAUAGCACUCUUCCCGCACCUCCGCCAACAAACACCGCCGUGCCGUCCCCCGCCUGGUCACCCGCCCACUCCUCGUUGCUAUACCGGGUGGACGGAUGGGGCGCCCCCUACUUCACGGUUAACUGCAACGGCAACGUUUCUGUUCGUCCUUAUGGGGUUAACACCCUGUCCCACCAAGAAAUCGAUCUUCUCAAGGUUGUCAAGAAGGCCUCCGACCCGAAAGACUCAGGUGGCCUCGGGCUUCAGCUUCCCCUUGUUGUUCGAUUCCCCGAUGUGCUCAAAAACCGCCUUGAGUCUCUGCAAUCUUCUUUUGAUUUCGCGAUUCAAUCUCAAGGGUAUGAGGCUCAUUACCAGGGCGUUUACCCUGUGAAAUGCAAUCAAGACAGGUUUGUGGUUGAGGAUAUCGUCAAGUUUGGAUCGGGCUUCCGGUUCGGGCUGGAGGCCGGGUCCAAACCGGAGCUUCUCUUGGCAAUGAGCUGCCUCUGUAAUGGGAGCCCUGAGGCUCUUCUUGUCUGCAAUGGAUUCAAGGAUGUGGAGUACAUCUCGCUUGCCUUGGUCGCUAGAAAACUGCAUUUGAAUACUGUUAUUGUGCUUGAGCAAGAGGAAGAACUGGAUAUUGUGAUCAAUGUCAGUAGGAAGCUGGGCGUCCGGCCCGUUAUUGGGGUCCGGGCGAAGCUGAGGACUAAGCAUUCCGGUCAUUUUGGUUCCACCUCUGGCGAGAAAGGAAAAUUUGGUCUGACAACAACGCAGAUUCUCCGCGUUGUUAAGAAACUACAGCAGUACGAAAUGCUGGAUUGCCUGCAGUUGCUGCACUUCCAUAUUGGAUCUCAGAUCCCUUCUACUGCUUUACUGGCCGAUGGUGUAGGCGAAGCAGCCCAGAUCUAUUGUGAAUUAGUCCGCCUUGGAGCUUGUAUGAGAGUUAUUGAUAUUGGCGGAGGCCUUGGAAUUGAUUAUGAUGGCUCAAAAUCUCAAGAUUCUGAUAUUUCGGUUGCCUAUAGUCUUCAAGAGUAUGCUUCUGCUGUUGUUGAAGCGGUUCGGUUGGUGUGCGAUCGGAAGGGCGUGAAGCAUCCGGUGAUUUGCAGUGAAAGCGGACGCGCAAUUGUUUCCCACCACUCGAUUUUAGUGUUUGAAGCUGUUUCAACAAGUUCUCAUGAUUCUCCACAGGUUUCGGCUCUCGGCCUCCAGUAUUUUGUGGAGCUAUUGACUGAUGAGGCUCUCGCCGACUACAGAAAUCUGUCGGCCGCUGCAAUUCACGGUGAUUAUGAUACGUGUUUGCUCUAUGCAGAGCAGCUGAAACAGCGGUGUAUUGAGCAGUUUAAAGAAGGGUCUUUGGGCAUGGAACAGCUUGCAGCAGUUGAUGGCCUUUGCGAGUUGGUGUUGAAGGCGAUUGGUGUUUCAGAUCCCGUUCGCACUUACCAUGUGAAUCUAUCAAUUUUCACCUCGAUUCCAGAUUUCUGGGGCAUUGGCCAGCUGUUUCCUAUUAUUCCAAUCCACAGGCUUGAUGAAAAGCCUGGAGUUAGGGGGAUUCUGUCGGACUUGACUUGCGACAGUGAUGGGAAGAUUGACAAGUUCAUUGGGGGUGAAUCGAGCUUGCCUUUGCAUGAAUUGGAAGGCAAUGGUGGUGUGAACGGCGAUUGUCCAGCAUAUUAUCUGGGGAUGUUUUUAGGAGGGGCUUACGAGGAGGCGCUCGGAGGUGUUCACAACCUGUUUGGUGGCCCAAGUGUCGUGCGCGUGUCACAGAGCGACGGGCCUCACAGCUUUGCCGUGACACGAGCUGUGCCUGGACCAUCUUGUGGGGAUGUGCUCCGGGUGAUGCAGCAUGAGCCUGAGUUGAUGUUCCAGACCCUCAAGCACCGUGUGGAGGAAUUCGCCGAUGAUGGUGGCAGCAGUAUCCUGGCGCUCACUAAUGGCCUUGCUUGCUGUUUCAAUAAUAUGCCUUAUUUGGCCGCCGCAGCCUCAUGCAGUCUGACUGCUGCUGCUGCUGGUAACAAUGGUUACUACUAUUGCAAUGAUGAGAGCUUUGCUGCUUCUGGUGAUUCCGUUGGUGCUGAGGAAGAACAGUGGUCUUACUGUGUUGCUUGAGUUAAUUUUUAACCAAGCUUAGUAGCCAUCUCCUAUCGUUCUAGUUUGUGGUUGAGGUCUAUCUUCUUUUAUAAUUCUCGUCCCAACUCUGUUCGGAGUUGGUUCCUCCUUAUUACUGUGUUGUUCAUUUCUCGUUUUUUUUAAGUUCGUGGUGAUGAACAAAGAUGUAAGAAGCAGGAAUUUUGAGUCCUUAGCAUUCUGUGGAGAAGUGGGAUUCAGUCAUCUGAUCUCAAAAUUCCCUCUUACUCUAUGUAAUGUUAUUUCUCAAUGCCAUCUUAUUUGACUCUUUCAUUCAGAACCCUCCAUAUGAUGGUAAGUCAUUUACUUGUAUUGCUUGCUUUGAAUUCAUAAGCUCUUCCCUGGUGAGUGUUGGAUGUUUGAAGGUUUCAACUUAGGCAGGCAACCAAAUACAUGACAUAACAGAGAUGACUCAUUACAAAAGGGGUGUGUUGAAUUUCGUGGCUCUUGCAAAUGCAUUGCUAUUGGUGGCCCUUGCUCUUGUUGUCUCUUCCUUUACCCUUUAUACGCUUGUAAUCUGAUGUGGGGCAUCCUGAUUUAGCUUUGAUUGAUUCAUGUUGUGUU